GGGUGAGCAGCAUUUGCACCCCCACCCCACCCGAGCUGCAGCCCAUCGACAUUCCCCGCUCUCUACUUCUCCGUCCCACGACCCCCACCCCUGCCUUUCCCCUGAUAAGCACACCACGCCCCACCUCCUUCGCCCGCCUCCUUUCAUUUGCCGGCCGGCCUUGCCGCUCCGAUUACACGGGCGAGUAUUCUUCUUCAAGGUGGAGCAAAUGGCGGUGGAGUGGUCCGACGGCGGCGAGGAGUUCCUGCUGCCCGACGAGUUCCUGGACGACGACUUCUUCUCCGAGGAGGAGAAGGCGGCGGUGGCCGCGCGGAGCGAGAGCGACGAGGAGGACAGCUUGGCCGGCCUUGCCCGCCGCCUCGCUAGCCUCCUCGCCGGCGAUGGCCUCCCCGCCCCGACUGCCAAGGAGGAGGUGGUUGCGGGGUCGCCCAAGUCGACGCUGUGCGGGCUGCCCAAGUCCGGCCAGGAGAGCCCCAACAGCGGCGCGUCUCAGGGGAACUCACCGCCGUCGUCCCCGCUGGAGCAGCAGCCGGCUGAUCCGUGGGACGUUCUCUACGAGGCAGAAGGCCAUGCCGCCCGCAUGCGCGUGAACAGCCCCAUCCCCGUGCCAGGCAACCCCUACGGCUUGCACGGCCGCGGUAUGUUUGUGCCGCCAGCCAGGAAGGCUUCGCCUCCGCACGCGCCUGCACCAGCCGGCACGGCCGCCGGCGGCGUGUACUACCCCCCUUUCGCUCACCUCGUCACGCAGCGCCAGAUACAUGCUGCCAGGUUUCAUCUCCUUAAGCAGCAGCAGCUCUUCAAGCAGCAGAGGGACAGGCAGCUCGCCGCAGCCGCCGCCUGGAGCGUGCGCCGUAACGCGGAAGCCAAAAGAGCCGGUGCCGGUCCUAUUGACCUGAGCCCGGCGUCGUUCCCGCCGCUGCUGAAAACGCACCUGCAGCACACGCCGGCGCCCCGUCCCACCCACCCCCCGGCCGCCGGCAUGCGCGCUGUGUUCCUCACACCGCCAGGGGCCAAGCGCGAGCGCGCCGGCACCGGCGUCUUCCUCCCGCGCCCGGCCGGCUUCCCCGCAGAGCCAAAGAAAAAGCCAAGCUGCUCGACGGUUCUUGUCCCCGCCCGUGUCGUGCAUGCCCUGAAUCUGAACCUCGACGACCUCGGCUCCCAGCCUCGCUACCCCGGCGGCUUCGUUCUUGACCAUGAUGCCCUGAUUAGUCGGAGCAACGCCAUGCUCGCAAGCCACAAGAUGCGGGCUGCGGAGACCUCAGCGCCGCACCGUGAACCCGCCGGAGCAGUCUGAAGGGAGCCACACCCCUCCGUCUGUUCCUGGCUCCGUUUAAUCUCAAAAAUAAAAAUUAGUACCGGUAGUAAUCUGUAUUAGGUUGUUAGCCUUAGCGAAAGAAGUAGGAGAGCAGUGGUAGCAGCGUCAGUUUUUAGUAGGUGUGUAUUUUGGAUUGGUGAUACAUUGGUUUUGGGUGCCGACGAUAAGCCGUGGAGAUGGAUGAACCAACAAGAAAUCCAUGCCCGGUUUGGUUCUAGUAGUUGGUUUGGAGGAAACAAUAAGCGGGUACUUUCGGAAGGUGAGAGAGAUGUUUUAGCUGUUUGUAGCAGGCAAAGAUGAUAAUGUGGAGUGAAAUGAGGGAAGCAAAAAUAAAAGGCCCCAUGUUAUCUAUCCAUCCAUGGCUAUGGCUUUGCUUCUUUUUGAAGAAGUACCAGCGCACAUACAGCUAAGGUUUCUCUCCAGGUUCCCUCCUUUUGCAGCCUUUGGCUUGCAAAUGAAGCUUGCCGUGGGCUCCUCCAUGAAUAAGGGUGCUCUUUGCUUAUGGCAAUAAAUAAAGGAUUUAUUGAUUUUUGUUGUAA